CAGAUCACUUCACAGGGCAACAGAUGUGCUCCACGCCCAUUCAGCCGAGACAGAGGGAGAGAGAAGGGGUGGAAACUUUAGACAGUCUUGUACACCAGUCGAGAAAUACUUGUUGCUUCUCAGCAUUCGUUGUUGUCGCCUGCAUCCAGAAUUAGAGAUUCCAUGACAACUGACGGUCCAAAAUACACAUACAAUACAUCAAGUCUCAUGGCGACCACAGUGGGAGUAGCUGGAAUAGAACCUACCAUGGCACCUGUUCAGGCCAUCACAGAACUCCUCCAGACUGCAGGAAUCGCUUUAAUCCUUGAAACAACUGAAGCACCUCUACGGGAAUUCACCGACAGACAUACAAGUGAAACAACAGCCGUCACUAUCAUAGGUGCCUCGGUGCAUGAUUCGUCAUUUUAUGUUCUUGGAGGGGUAAUUGCUGCAGUUGCAGUGUUGUUGCUGUGUUUAACCGUUUUGGGGCUACAGUACAUGUUCAAGCACAAGGGAUCAUACCUCACCAACGAGGAAGAUGAGUAUGAGUCCAUUGAGAAUACUGACAUAGAACUUCAAAAGGACACAGCUCUACUGGAGGUUGUGGGUGAAGAAUAAAAGAAACUGGAAACUCAGUUGACAUUGGUCUCAUACCCCACAUUUGUGAGACAUUUGUGAAAUAAAUUCAUAAAAACGGAGGCAAAAUGUGUUUGCUGGAAUUCUAAGAACAAUCCAUCAAAUGUUCUUUGGGGAAGGGGGGGGGAUGUUGGAUAUUUUACUUUUACUUUUGAGUGUUUAUUGGCCAGUUGAUUGUAGACAAUGUAUGACACUUUAGACAGGUCAUUCUCUGCUCUUUGAUGCAAACAGUGAAUCAAUUGUCAUGCUAGUUCACACGGUUGUACAUCAUGACAUUAAUCAAGCAUAUCUGCCAGAUACUGUAUGUUUCCAAUAUUGACAGCACUUAAAACAUCGGUGAAACUUCAGUGGAUUUUGUGUUUCUUCAGAGCAUUUUUUGUAAGAUGAUUUUCUUUUGAUAUGUAAAAGCUCUUUUAAAAGACAUUUGUUAUACAAAGACAGCUUGAACUAAAUGUGACAAUUCUCAAGGAGCCAGAUGACAUGAUUUAGUAAAGCCUGCCAAGAUAUUGAGAUAAUGGGGGCAGACAAUGUUCAUAGACUGUCAGAAGGGAAGAUUUCAAGUCAGUAAAAACAUGAGAUGGUACACCUAACAGGGUCAUAAUAUUUUUUUUCAACCUAACUAAAUAUAUGCAAUCCUAAUCUAACAAUUUACCCUUUUCAAACUGUAUUUUAUGAUUAGAACUUUCUGUCUAGAACUAGAGAUUAUUUCUUUCAAAUGCCCAAAGAAAAAUAUCAGAAUAAAGAACUAUAGUACUGUA